UCGUCAUGGACUGCCGCUACCCCUACGAGUUUGAGGGGGGACACAUAAAGGAAGCUCUGAACCUCCACCAGGAGAUUCAGGUGGAGGACUACCUCCUGAAAACGCCUAUCGUCCCGUCCUGCCCGGACAAACGCGUCGUCGUCAUCUUCCACUGCGAGUUCUCGUCGGAGCGCGGCCCUCGAAUGUGUCGCUUCGUCAGGGAGAGAGACCGCGCCGCCAACGAGUAUCCAAACCUCCACUACCCCGAGCUCUACAUCCUGAAGGGCGGAUACAAAGACUUCUUCCCUCAUUACCAGGCACAGUGUGAACCUCAGGCCUACAGGCCGAUGCACCACGAGGACUUCAAGGAGGACCUGAGGAAGUUUCGCCUGAAGAGCCGCACCUGGGCCGGUGAGCGCAGCAAGAGAGACAUGUACAGCCGCCUGAAGAAGCUGUGAGCGCCUCCUAAGAAACACACUGCCCCCCCAUCAAUAUACAAUGCCCCCCCCCCCCCGACCAGGAAAUACCUGUUUAGGGACUGUGCCAACAGAAGGGUCCCAACAUUUUCCCUGUAACUCUAGCAAAGUUAGUUAUUUAUGCAAAUGUAAAGAGGGGAAAGACGUGACCUAAAGCUGAGGGGCAGUGCACAGAUUUCACUGAGACGCAAUGCGAUCCUUUUUAAUAACCACUCGGACCUACUGCCUGUUUUUAAAAUGUUUUUAUUAUUUUGCUGCCUUUUGCGGCACAACUUGCAAUAACACAACCCACACUGCAUAGACUAAAGUUCUCCAGGCUCCUCACUGGAUUUUUUUUUUUUUUUUGUCAUGUUCCACUUUAUCGUAGCACUUAAUUUAAAUAACUUGAAAUGGUGAGGUGCUUUUUGGAAUACUCCUUUUUGAUAUAAAAAUAUUUGCUGAAUUGUGUCUACCCCCAUUUAUAUUGACUGCCUAAAGAAUGCCUUUCUCUAGGCGUCCUAAAAUGCAAAUUUGAUAUUUUUGACAACUUGUACAGAUUGAAUACAGAGUUUUUCCUUUUUUCUUUCCUUUUCGGAUCAUUUGUUCUCUGUCAGAAGAUACCAAAGCAAACACACUACCUGUUAACUGCGCAGUGAGAUUUACCUGAUGCUGCAGGCCAGCAAGUGAUAGGAGUUCUUGAUCUAAGAUCCUUCUUUGUUUUGCUUUGAUUCCUUUUACAUUUCCAGAGAUUAAAAUGUCUUCCACUCUGCAGAGCUAAAGAUGAUUUAUUAUGAACUGGCUGGAAGAUUUUGGUACAGGCUUGUGGGGGAGCUGCUGAAAUAAAAGCCAAUGUGUGUUCAAA